UUGAAAAAGAAAAAUAAAGAUUAAACAUUUGCAGACAAUUUGCUAUAAUAUACGUUAAAAUCUGUAUCUGACCCGAAGGAUUUUGGCAUCUUUAAUAGGAUGAUUGUUGACUUAUUCUGGAUGUUCCUAUUAGUUUAUAUGGGUGGCCAAUUGUGUGCGUUUGCAACUGAGUAUAAAUGUGGAACUGAAUUUGAUGCUCUGUUUCAAGUUCAAACGAUGCCAAUGGAACAAAAUAAGAUGAAGAAAGCAGGAGUGGCGGAGUCCAGCGUUCGAUAUAGAGGUGUGAGGAGGCGGCCUUGGGGGAAAUACGCAGCUGAGAUUCGGGACUCGACGAGGCAAGGAGGACCUCGGCUGUGGCUGGGAACUUUUGAUACAGCAGAGGAGGCUGCUCGAGCUUAUGACAGAGCUGCUUUCUCUAUGAGGGGUCACUCCGCUAUUCUCAACUUCCGAGAUGAACAUAUCAUUUCAUCCACCACAGUAAACUCUCCCCCCAGCGCUACCCCUUCAUCAUCAUCAUCAUCUUCUUCAUCAUCUGCUUCUGCUGCUUCUUCUUCUUCGUAUUUCUUUGAACAUGUGAAAAGCAAGAAAGAUGAUGAAAGAAUAGUGCUGGAAUUGGAGUGCCUGGACGAUAAAUUGUUAGAGGAGCUUCUUGAUUUUGAGAAUAAAUGAAACCAAGAACGAUUGAAGCAUUUUUAGUAUCUUCUUCAACAGCAAAACAACAUUUUUUUUUUUUGUAGAUAUGUGACUUGCUUUUAGUUACAUAUUAAGUCAAGGGUCCAUAUGGAAACUCCGAGUUGAUUUUAGGCUGAUUUGGGUGAGUUUUAGUUAUCUACUUUAUUAUUCGUUUUUGUUUUGGUCAAACAGAAAUAUCCUUCAAUUGAAUUAUAUUGACUGUCUAAUGUUGAUGCACUCACUGUCAUCAAUAUGUAUCAACUCUGGCCUUUUUAUGCUCCAA